UCCUUGCGUCUCUCCAUGCUUCCCUGGUGCGAGGGACUAGUCGCAGGGAAACGACGCAAGUGAGGGAAGCAAGGAUUUAAUUUAACCGACCUGAGACGGGGCCUUGGUUUGGGAUUGGGCCGAACUGUCAGUUGAUGUGAAGGAAUGAUUUGCGGCACUAUUGGAAACUGUCGCAAACGUGUGGGAGGCUUUGGGCGCUGUUCGGUACGGAGAGGUAGCCGCCUACACUCACCUGGAUAUCUACAACUGAGAUACAAUCCAAUAUGAUGGAUUUAAGGACGAUAAUGCAUCUUUUUUGUGAUCAUCUUGAACGGGUUGCCUUUCGUCUAGAGGACGGUUGUACGACAAGUGUCAGGUCCCUCUGGUGUGCCGAAUUGUGACGCGAGGAAGGGCUCGCUUAGCAGCCUAAUGGACAGUAUCGAUGACUUAGCAAACACAAGGACUGAUGAAUGGCCCUUUAUGCAAUUUCGACACUUUAUUGUCUCCAUUCGCCCCGCCUGCUUCUCUAUUUGAUGACUGGAACUGGAUAUCACUGUUAAGUGUGUCGUAAUAUCACCAUUACUGAGAUACAACAGUAUUUACUUCUCUGGACCGAGGAAGUGAAGUUGCGUCAGGUUAGCAGAACGUGAUCAAGUUGAGACCGGAAGUGGGUUGACCUUGCCUUCACAAUAAAUAUGCCAAAUGUAUUUGGUUUGACUUUGAUCAACAUCGUUUGAGAUUGGACAGAGUCUAAACACUUUGACACAACGACAGGCGGCUCUAAUAGCAACAUAUAUCAACGAUUUAUUAAUACCGUGGUACACUGCAGAUUCGAUAUCUCCAUUCGCUUUAUUUUGGAAGUUGCAAACGGAAGUCGGCCUUGCCUUCAAACUAUUUGACACUACUAGGAAGUGGGAUGUGGCCAGGGUGUAUUUAUGCUUCUGUUUAAGAUAUGAAAAUCACUCAAUUCACGCUGGUUCGGGAGCCCUGUUUCGCAACCGGACACAGCGGGGGGAACGACACUGUUGCUGCCCGUGACUGUUGUCGGUGGUCGAACACGGCAGACACGACCGAAGUUGCUGUGCUGGUUUCGCCUGGACUGGACCAUUUCCAUGAGGGCUUCUCAAACUCACGCCCUAACAAUUUGUGUUCUGGGCUGUAUUGUGUGCUUACAUAAUAACAGCAUGUGAAUCAAUUCAGUCAUCUGGUUGAUUUUUUUAUUUUAUUUUUUUCUUAGACAAAGAUUGUUUCCCCCCAUUUUUUAAAUAUUUGUUUGCAAAUGUCAACAACCCAGCGUCAAAUGAUGAUGGAGUCCUCUCUAGCCCUUGGAAGACUGGAACUGACCCCCAGCUCAGGCGCUGUUGGGGUCAGCCUGACCCCGCGGCUCUCCGCCGGGCACCCCGGGAAAGAGAAGUCCGGUCAACGGUCACCGGGGCCACAAGGCCAGGCUCACCUGAACGGCUGCGUCCCGCUGUCACAUCAGGUGGCGGGUCACAAGUAUGGAGUGGAUACAGUGGGGAUCUUGCAGCACCCAGAUGGGACGGUCCUGAAGCAGCUCCAGCCCCCACCCAGAGGGCCCAGAGAGAUGCAGUUUUACAGCAUGGUGUAUGCAGAGGACUGCUGUGAUCCAUGCCUUCUGGAGCUCCAGAGCCAUCUGCCCAAGUACUACGGCACCUGGUCCUCUCCUGACAGCCCCAACGACCUGUACCUGAAGCUGGAGGACGUGACGCGGCGCUUUGUGAAGCCGUGCAUCAUGGACGUGAAGCUGGGCCAGAGGAGCUACGACCCGUUCGCCUCGCAGGAGAAACGGGAGCAGCAGAUCAGGAAGUACCCGCUGAUGGAGGAGAUCGGCUUCCUGGUGCUCGGCAUGAGGACGGGGAUGGCACGGAGACGAAGGCGAGCUUGGACUCUGCACCUUGUGAGGAAGAUAACUCUGUGUGGAAACGAACAGGUGAGUCCUUACCAGCGCCCAAUGCAAACGGAAACAAAUCACAACUGGAAGGGAAGGGCAAGGACGGGGGGGGGAGGAGGAGAGAGGAGGAGGAACUAAAAGGACGAGGAGGCGGGGCAACAGAGGGGACGGGCGGAGACACAGAGGUGGAGGUCAGGAUGAUCGACUUCGCCCACGUGUUCCCAAGCGAAUGCCACGACCGCGGCUACAGCUACGGCCUCAGACACCUGCUGAUGGUGCUGGAGCAGAUCCUCUGCGACACCGCAUAGAGGUCUCACUCCUCCCCAGAUCUCUUUACCUCCUAUCAAAGAAUCAAAGACGUGAAUAUAAAAAAACAUCAUCGUCAUCAUCUCACCGUCGGGGAUGGUUCGUUGUGUGUGUGUGUGUGUGUGUGUGUGUCUGUGUGUCUGUGUUUGUGUGUAAGCGAGGUGGAGACAGUAGAAGCUGACCGUUGUGUGUUCCCUGUGAUCAGCAGCACUACAUGCACUAAUCAAUCCAUGAAGGCAUUGCGACCCGGAACUUAAACGCAACGUCUCCAGAUGCAAGAUUUACAGAUGCUCACACAACUCAAUGUGACUUUAGUCCAUUUGAAAUGCAGCAAUAGGGCAUUUUUAUAUCAUGGCCAAAUAUAUAUAUAUAUAUAUAUAUAUAUAUAUAUAUAUUUAUGUAUAUUUCUAUUCAAAUCGCAUAUCCUUACACCUCAAACUAGAACUAGGCUUUGCAAUAUCAAAACAUAUAUAUCAAUAUAUAUAUAUAUAUAUAUAUAUAUAUAUAUAUAUAUAUAUAUAUAUAUAUAUAUAAUAUAUCAAUAGGAAUUUGUCAGAUUUUUUUCUACACCGCUUAUACUGUUAUAGCUGUUCCCUUUAAAUAUCUCUGGUUGUAUCAGCCUAUUGCAGUGCUGCAAAUCAAUACGCAGCAGUGUAAUGGCAAUAUCCAUUUUACAUGAUUUUUCCAUUUAUUUAUUUAAAGUAGUUAGAUUUACUGUUAUGCAAUUCACUAGAAAAGUCUGAAGCAAAUAUUGCCAAUUGUGUGUAUUUGGUUACAGAGAGGUGUACUGUUGGAUAUGCAGUCAAACUAGAACACUUUUAGACCACUCUUUUAUCCUCCUCUUGGAUUUGGUUCAUAUAGGUUAAAUAAUUCAAUGAAAAUAAGUAUUUCCGUUGGUAUCCAUUGAACCCAACAACAGAAAAGGCACAUGAAUGGCCUCUUGAAAUGUGGGCAGCGCGUACAACAGGAAGUCUGGAGGCGUUGAGGUUUAAGUCGGGUCGUCAUUUUGUGUUUUUGUUUAAACACUGUCUACAGGUAUCUAACUCAGGUAAAUUUACUGUAAGAAAUAAAUACUUAAUAUUACUACUAUGACCGUGUCCGCAGGAUGAUCCUCAUGCUGUGUGCUCGUUCAGCUUGAUGUGUUGUGUACUCCAUGUUUCUCUGAUCUCAAGUCAUGUUCCUGCCUCUCAUGACCUUCCACGUCUUAUUAGCUUUUACCAUGGCUGUUUUAAUCGUUGUACAUGUUCAGCUGCCAAACCCCCCCCCCCAACCUCUUCUGAGACCCUGAGCUAUGUGCUGUGUUUAUUGCAGUUACUUGGUGCCCCCCCCCUCUCUUUCUGCCCUAGUUGUAGGAACGGCAUUAUAUUGUCGUACUCAUUUGUUUAAAGAAAAGGUAUAUCAGAAGAUAACACUGCUCAUUGGUUGGUCUUUAGUUCCGUUGCUCUGGCGUUACCCAUGAGCUUUUCUAUGAUUGAGUUGUUAUAAUGUGAGUUAUUACUGGGCAACAAUAGGAACUACUUCCCUCCCAAGUUCUGGAUAGUUUUUCUGUGUUCAAGGGCAAAAGAGAGAUGUUAUACUGGAAAAUACAUGAUGCUGUGCUUGGUUGUCAUGACGAUACAUACUAGUGUGAUAAAACUUCCCUGAGGAUUUUAAGAUUGUAGAUAUUUGAAACGUGCUGCUUUAAUGCGAGUCGCCUGAUAGACUCAGCAGAGGGACAGAAUGCUAAAGAGAGAGUCGCCUGAUAGACUCAGCAGAGGGACAGAAUGCUAAAGAGAGAGUCGCCUGAUAGACUCAGCAGAGGGACAGAAUGCUAAAGAGAGAGUCGCCUGACAGACUCAGCAGAGGGACAGAAUGCUAAAGAGAGAGUCGCCUGACAGACUCAGCAGAGGGACAGAAUGCUAAAGAGAGAAGACAGCCAACGAAUGCUUUCAUGUCAUGUUCAUUUUAUUUGACUUUGAUUUGGUUUUGGCUUGGUGCAGAUGGGCAGUCAUUUUAAUGUACUGGUUGUGAGAAGUCAGCACAUCCUUUUUACACUAAUAUCAGUUGAACUGAUUUAUGUUGCUUUUUUAUUUUGUAGGCUUGACUAAUAUAGUUUUUUAGGCGAAUGCACCCUCUGAAUCUGCAGAUAUUCUGUAUGUAUGUCACAGUUAUACUACUAUCAUGCCAGGUAUGUUAAAGGUUAGCAAACGUUCCAUUCCCACCCAUUGAGCCGUGAAUUGAUGGAAGCCCAAAGCUGCCUCAGUUGCUACCAAUAUUUUCUAUAUUUUCUUGAGAAUAUGUUUUCAUUCAAUCAUGAGUUCCAUUUCUCAUAGCUUAGUUUGAUUACAAACAUUUGAUCUCCAGUGUGUUUCUGGAGCUUUCAGCCACGUCUCAUCGUCUUCAUCAGCAGAUUGUGUUUCCUCAAUUAAAGGACACACUUAUUAUAAGCAGCUGUUUCCAUUUUCUAUAUAUAAAUCUUAAAGCUUAAACUUUAUUUUUAUUUUUGGCUAAAUGAGACAACUAAACGUCAUCACGCUGACCGUUAGCCGCUAGCUAAAGCUGCUAGCUAAGGAGGUUAGCUUUUUACUGUUGGAAAUUGCAUUUGAAAAUCCUGAAAGUGGAGAUAAUAUGUGGAGAUGAUCCUCCUGAACAGAGUUUAUUUCUUGUAAUUAUCCACAUUCCUCUUGAACAAUCCCAUUAGUUUAGUGGAGGAAGCCCAUUGCGAUGCUAACUGCGCGCCGCUCAUCACUGCACCACUCUUUCAGAUGUGAAAGUGAGACUGCAGGAGAGAUGUUGAAUACAUGUAGACCCUCACAUUAGAGCUGCAGUCACACCUUUAGAGUCCAGCCCUACUUUAACAGGACAGACUUGUAACGGUUUGAUUGCCUUAAGACAGUCAUCCUGGUGUUUUUAUACGGAGUCCCCCUGGUGAUAUUGGUGAGAAAAAUAUGAAUAUGUGGCCACGAGUUAAUAAUGCGUGGCUUUAGGAUAAUUUGCUAUAUAUUGUUUUCUCUUCGUGAGCAGUUGCUUUGCCCUGUCUGUUCUCUACACUAACAUGGAGCUGAUUUAAACUUGACCCCCCCCCCUGCCCUCAGAGGCCUCUCAGCCUCUCUUUGAUUUGAACCCAUCCACUUGUCUCUUCAGUUUAUGUAGCUUGUUAUGUGUGUAUAGAAUGAAAAUGCUGAUAUUUUGUAAAUUAAUUCCAAUCAUGAUUUUAUUCUAUACCAAAAGAGACUGUAAACUAUUAGAAUAUCAUAUUUUCUCUACGGUUUUUUUUCCUUUUAUAAUAAAUUGAUGUUUGAAGUAAUCAAAUCUUUUAAAGGAUGUUUACAGGAGAUAGAGAUUUAUUUUAAUCACUGCCUUUUUUCUGUUGUCUCCUCCUUGUGUUGAAUAUGAUUUAUCUGUAUCAUUCCGGCAGCUUUGUGAAUCUCCUCUGUGUUUAGGCUGUGUCGUCAUGGCUAAAUAACAAAUAACAUAUCAUGCAUUUGUGUAUACUGGGCAUUGUUAAUGGAAUGAGUUUAAUGAUAAACUGAAUUAUAGUGAUGAUGCAACGUUUGAUUUUCUGCAGAAGACUUAUCCCAAAUCAGCUAACAUUUAUCUCAGUGUAGGUGGGCACAUUAACUAAGGACCACAGCAGGUUUAUUAUACUUAUCAUUCAUUCCCAAGACUUUUUAAAUUUAGACUGAUUUAAAAAAGUGUGAAUCUCUUAAUCAUCAGAAAGAAAAGCAAAAUCUGCCUGGAGUGUGCCACUAAAGGCUUUUACAGUGUAUGUCAAAUAAUAUCAAAUGAUUAAACACAUUUUACAAAACAGUAAAAAACAUUUGCAUUUGAAUCAUUUUUGCUUUAUUCUGUAUUUAAAUGUGAUAAUCGUUUGAAUGAAAAUUAAAUUGUUUAUUUUUUACAUUCUAUCAUAUUCACUCUCUAUUGGCAGUUUUUAUUUAAUGUUUCGACUAUUGAAACUCACUGAGCAGCACGGAGAGCUCUGAUUGGCUGGUUGUUCUGAAUCUGACCAAUCAGAGCUCCUGCUUCUGCCUCAUUCAUUGUACAGUGAUACAAAUGAAAAAAUGACAGCAUGAAGAAAGUAUAAUGUGGAAUAUGGUAAGCCGACGAGGUGAACAGAAAACGAUUAUAAUUGAAAUAUGGAAUAAAGAAAUGUAAUUUUUGGCAAUUUUUUAUUAGUGUUUUACUCUAUUUUAUUGAGUCAAUUUAUCAUUAAAAUACAAAUCAAUGUAUUGUAUUUUUGAAUCAUAUAUGAUUGAUUUGGUUAUAUAUAUAUAUAUAUAUAUAUAUAUAUAAUAAAACCAUGUAAAGUUCAUUCAUUAUUUCAGUGGUACAGUCCAGGCUGCCUUCAGGGUACUAGGGGACAGUCAUUUGAUCAAGAACAUGCUAUUUUUUCAAACAUGCAUAAAUAUGAAUAUGGUCAAACAGACAUUUAGUGACAUCUGCCUGAGACAUGUCCCAUGCUAUCUUGUAACCUUUGAAGCCAAACAUCUUGCAUAAUGUGGAUGUUUGCAAUGUAUAUCGGAGUUACACUGCUCACCUUCUCCGCCUCAAAUUGUUUAAAUGCACAUUUAGCCAUACUGGACAGUGAUAGUGAUGAGACCGACUUCAUGCUCUAUGCGUUACUCUGUUUACAUCUCAACUGCCACAACUUUUCUUUUUUUUAAACUCCAGGUUGUUAGUGACUUUAUUCCUGUUAUUUGUAUUUGUCUAUCAUGCACCGCAGACUGAUGGAAUAGUUUGUGACUUUUCGCUCUCCUGUGAACAAAAUGCCAAAUCAGUCGCUCUCCAUUAAAGAAUCGUGAAGCUGGUUUGACGUGUUUUAGAUAAUUGGCCACAAAUAAUGUACGUUACUGCCAGCCGAUUUCAAAGCACCCUGCACUCUGUACAAUCCAUACAACUAUAUUUCAUCCACUCUUCUUUUGUCACGAUUCCUGUAACUUAAUACAUUUUCACUUAAAUCAUGAAGUAAUCACUUUCUCAGAUCUUAGAGUGAGUUCACUCCAACGGAUUCAAGUAGUAUAAUACGUAUUGAUGAUCGUGCAUGGACCAAGCUUACUAGUGUUUACUUUCUGCCUUUUAUUGGCUUCAAAAUUGCAAAGAAGGUCCUUUUUAUCAUUUUGAAAUGUAAAUAGUGGGUGCUGUGAUCAGACUUAACAGCAGCUGGUAACAAGAGUGAAAAUCAGUCUUCAGAACUGGUGCUUUGAAAAAUGGACAGCAGUACUGGACAAAUCAGUGAAAAUGAAAAAACAGCCAUAUGCUUCCUUAAUGGGGUCCAGUGUGAAAAGAGUGAAGGCAGAGUAUGGAAGACGUGUGUCUAGUAGGUAAUGCUGCAUUUAUGUCAUAUGGGAAGGAACCAUAUCUGUCUCUACAUUUAUCAGAGGGUUUGAAUUCAUCAUUUCAAAGCUGAGGUGAACUGCAUUUUUUAAAUACAUAUUUUUCCAUUAGACAUAAAUGCAGCAUUAUCCGAGUGCACACAAUCUGUUUCUGAUUGGCUGAGCUGCCUCCAACUCUUUUCUUCUGGGCGACGACUUCUGAUCCACUUAAGUGUCUUCAUGAGGCCUGAUGGAGCGUUCAGGUGUAAAUGCAGUCAGUAGGUCAUUGGGGUGUCGGAGCUGAUCAGUGUGAAUGAUGUGUCAUGGUGUCGUUGGACUGCCAGCAUUCAAACAUAGAACCUGUUAUUGGAAGUUAAAGGGACUGACCCUGUAAUGGACAUGUAUCUCUUUAACUCCUUUAUUGUGGAUAUUGGAGUGUUUGAAUUUUGAUAUACUGGGUUUAAAAUGUCUUACAAAUGAGCCUGAGCAGGAAAUCUCAUCAGUGUACAUAAAGAGAGGAACUCCUGUUGAAGUCCCUCCACAACUACAAACCUGAUACUCGUUAUUUUUUCAACAAUAAAAAUAUUAAUCAAA